ACACAGUCAUUCACCUGGUAGAAUGUCUUCAGCAAUGUUUCUUUCGGUUAUGGCCGGUUUAUCCGGAAUUGUGGUAUUUGGAGCAUUGAUCUCUGUCUUCCAUAUUUAUUCCGACAUUAAUUCGUUUGUUGAAGACAGUCAUCGCGAAUUGGGAGAGUUCAAGGGCUUUGCCAAUGAUGCUUGGAACUCAAUGAUAAACCAGGAUGAUUCUGUCCGUAUGGCUCGUAGCGUCUUUGGUCGUCGUCGUCAAAAGAAGCAAUCUCAAUGCAAUUGUGGUCAACAAGCAUCCAAUUGUCCAGCUGGACCACCAGGACCACCAGGAGCAUCAGGAGAUAAGGGGCAUGAUGGACAACCAGGACAAGCUGGAAAACCAGGACAGCCUGGUGUUGCUGGGCCAUCUCAUCAUCAGAAACAAGAAUGCAUCAAAUGUCCACAAGGACUUCCAGGACCAGCUGGAGCUCCAGGACAACCUGGACCAAAGGGACCAAAUGGAAAUCCAGGAGCCCCAGCACAAGGUGGAGGUCAGGGACCACCAGGACCUCCAGGGCCAGCUGGAAGUGCUGGAUCACCAGGACAGGCCGGAGCUCCAGGAAAUCCUGGUAGCCCAGGAAAAUCUGGACAACGUGGACGCGGUCUUCCAGGACCAUCGGGUGCACCAGGAUCACAAGGACCACCAGGAGCCCCAGGUCAACCAGGAAGCGGGAAUGCUCCAGGACCAGCUGGACCACCAGGGCCAGCAGGACCAAAUGGACAACCAGGACAUCCAGGACAAGAUGGACAGCCAGGAGCACCAGGAAAUGAUGGAACACCAGGAUCCGAUGCUGCUUAUUGUCCUUGCCCAACUCGUAGUUCUGUUCUUCGUCAUCGUAAUGUCAACCGUCAUCGUGCAGCUGCUUCAAAGAAGCGUGUUGUUGCCAAGAAGCGUGUUGCAAAGAAGCGUGUGGUUGCAGCUAGACGUCAUGUUCAAGCUUAAAAUUAUAUAUUUAUUCUAUAGACUCUUUCCAAUAAAAGUUUCUUUAAAAC